CUUCAAGCUUCAUUAAAGCCCCUAAUCAGGUCAUUCUUUUCUCCUUUACGACACCAACUCCCAAGGAACAAAUUUCCCGGAUCGCUCGGAUUUGUCGACAUACUAUCAAUAUCUGCCAUGGCUUGGUUCUCAAUUCUGCCAGAGAGUUUCGCAUUCGUCGAGACCUGGCUCAUUCGUCUUUUUCUUGUCCUUGGAAUGCUAGUGAUAGGGCCAUGGGCUCUACUGAUUGUCUACGAUAUGAUCCUUUACAUAUUCAGAACAGCUACCUACGAGAUACCCUACAUUGGAGGACGCGCGAGGAACAGACCAAGACCUCGAGCACCAAGCUUAAGUGAGCGUCCUAGCGGCAAGCCUAGAAGCUUCAGUCUGACCGUGCCAGGAGUUCCUACGGCCGUCGAAGAAGCAGUCGAAGUAGCAGAGGAAACAGUGGAAGGCUUGAAGAAACGCUUGGGGAGUACAAGUCACAGCGAUCAUGUCAUAACAGAAGACGACUGAAGAGCGUAACUUUUAUUGGU